CAGCUGUAGUCCCUCCCCGGGCCAGAGUGAGCACAGGGAGCCUGGGCUGCUAAAUGCUCCAGCCUCAAAGGGACGAUGGUGGAGGGCUGGUAAAGAUGGCGGCGCUCUCCGAGGAUGGGAGCUACGGAUUGAAUUGUGGCCAACAGAGCGCAGAUAGAGUCACCGUAUUACACGUCAAAUUGACCGAGACAGCGUUGAAAGCCAUAGAGAGCCACCAAAAUUGUAUGAAUGUACCUUCUUUGCGGCCAACAAUACAAUUCAAGGGACUCCAAGGGCGCAUUAAAAUUCCCAAGACAGAUUCCUCCUCAGACACCUUCAACAAUUUUGAUUUCUACCUGUCUAAUGUGGGCAAAGACAACCCUCAGGGAAGCUUUGAGUGCAUCCAUCAGUAUGUGUCAAGCUCAGGGGCCUCACACCUGGCAUUGUUGGCCACAGUACAGGACAAGGUCACAGUGUGUGCCACUAAUGACUCCUACCAGGUGACCCGGGAACGCAUGACUCAGGCAGCGGAGGACACGCGUGAACGUGGGACCAAAGUCAUCAAGCCUGGGGGCCAGUACAGAGGAAAGAAAGUCCAUAUCCGUAGGCCAGCGCUAACGGGCCAAGACGUGGUCCCAGAGCGCAAGCGCUCCACACCCAUCAACCCAGCCAACACUAUUCGUAAGUGCCUUUCCAAUAACCCUGUGUCCCAGCGGCCGUUCCGGGAUCGCAUCAUCCAUCUGCUGGCGCUCAGGCCCUACAAAAAGCUGGAAUUGCUCGCCCGUUUGCAGCGGGACGGUAUCAACCAGAAGGACCGAACCUCAAUGGGAACCACCCUGCAACAGGUGGCAAACCUGAACCCCAAAGACAACACAUACUCAUUGAAGGACUUUAUUUAUCGUGAUGUCCAGCGAGACUGGCCCGGCCACUCUGAUGAUGAGAAGUCCCAGGUUGAGCGGAUCCUGGCUCGCAAGUUAGGUCUUGCUUCUGAGACCCUCUCAUCAAGCAGUCCUCCCAAAGACGUUGUCCCCACAUCCCCCCAGAAGCGCCAGCCAGACUUUGACUUUAUCGACCCUUUGGCGCCUAAGAAAGCCCGCAUCUCCCACCUCAGCAAUCGAGGGCCAGCCGCAUCUUCAUCCUCCUCUGACCGCCGUGAGGACGAGGGCAGCCCCAGCUCUAAACGCUCGUCACUACCCUCUCACGUCACCUCAGGCCCUCCCACCCAUCUCCCCAUCCCGUCCCACCCUCCUGCCCCCUCUCACCAGCAGCCCAGCCCAGCCUCCAACUCCAACUCCCCCAGCACCCCGGAGGGCUGCGGCACCCAGGACCUGCCCAUGGACCAGAGUUCCUCCUGCAGAGACCCUUCACCCAGCCCCUUCUCCUCUGAUAGGACCCUGCAGGACCGCUAUCGGAACCCCGUCCCCAGACCAGCAGCCUCCCCCAGUCCUCCUCCUGCUCUUCCUCCUCCUCCUCCUCCUCCUCCUCCUCCCCCUUGCACCUCACUCACAGUUACAUCCACUGUCAUCACCAGCCCUCCCUUGUCCAGCAGUACCAACAAGAAGUUUAAAAAGAAAUCCAAGAAGCACAAAGAUAAGGAUCGAGAGAGGGAGAAAGGGAAACGGACGGAAAAAAGUAGCAAAAGUCCUCCCAGCGUAGCAGAGCAGGCUGAAGAGACUCGUAAAGCCAAAAAGAAGCGCAGUGCUGAGGAGAACAGAGUUGGAGAAGUUAUCGACAAGAAUCCUCACAAAGAUCCAGACUCUUCAGAUAAAGAGAAGCCUGUCCAAUCCACUGAAUUCUCCUCCACAAUUGAGAUGCCUGACUAUGUCGUGAAGUACAUGCCCAUGGUGUCCAUUGACCAGCGGCAAAGCUACAAGGAUGAUUUCAAUGCAGAGUAUGAGGAGUAUCGCCUGCUACACGCCCAUGUGGAGAGCAUCACCCGGCGCUUUACGCAGCUGGAUGCCAAGUGCCGGAAGCUGGCACCUGGCACCAAAGAAUACCAGAAGGUGCAAGAAGAAGUCUUGAAAGAGUACAAGAAGAUGAAACAACACAGCCCCAACUACCACGAGGAGAAACAGCGCUGCGAGUACCUGCACAACAAGUUGGCCCACAUUAAGCGGCUAAUAGCUGAUUUUGACCAGCGCAGAGCCCAGCCCUUCUGCUGAGAGCACAGCAACAUCUUCACUAAUCAGUAUUGAGAAAGGAGUGUCGAACCAGGAGGGGGUGUCCAACUGGCUGUUAUUUAUUAACACCCCUUCAGUUACUGCCUCCACAACAGCCCCCCCCCCCCCCCCCCCCCCCCCCCCCCCUCAUCUCUCUUCCCUUUUCCUUUUCCCAUCGAGUUGUUUUCAUUCCUUGCUUCUUUUCCGAUCUUUGAUUCCACUGGCUUCAUUGUUGCCUGCAAUCUUAAAGUUUCACUUUGACUUUACGCUCCAUCCUUUGCUUUCUCUCAUGUUUCUUCUCAAUGAACUCCUGUGGAAUUUCAAACCACUGGUUCAGUGAAAGGGGCCGCCUGCAUGUGUGAAGGGGUUUUGGGGGGAAAACUUCAACUCUUCUAACCUUUUUUUUGAAGGACUUUAUCUUCAGGCAAAAUAAAAGAACAAAAAAAGUAUUUUUGAGCAGCAGAGAAAAUAUUAACUUGUAUUUAAGUAAAAAAAAAAAAACGGAAUGAAAGAAAGAGGGAGAUCUAUUUAUUUUGGGACUCGUAGUGCAAAAAAGAGUCCGCAGAUGAUAUAUUGUUUAACUUUUGCUGAAAACAAUGCAAGAAAAAAUACCGCGGGCCUUAUGUGUUUUGACUUUGUGAAGCCAUUUUGCACGCAAGAUCCAUUGUGUCAUCUCAUUUGGCAAAGAUGUCUUUCCUGCCUCAUUUCCUCUCCUUUCAUAAAAACUGUACUGGAUAACCUUGCUUCAACACAUCGCUGUCAUUGCUGAGUUUGAGGCUGGAAAGGAAAUGAGACGGGCAGGAGAACUCACUUGAGCUGAUGGAGAAGCAACAACAGUAUGUGUGCAUGGAUUGUAAAUUUAGUUGUAUUGGCCACGUGGGUUUGUGGGGUAUCUAAAGGAGUAUGACCCCCUGUCGGUAGGGGGCAGUAUUCCCUGCACCAACAGUGUUUAGCGUUCACGGUGCAUUAUGGGUGCCUUAAGGUGUUUACACUCGGAAACGUCGAGUCGGGCCGACCCUUAGGGUCCACAAAGGAACUAUAACUGCCUGGAAACAGGUUGUGUGUGUGUGUGUGUGUGCGCAUGUCUGAGCAGAGAAGGAGGGAAGGAAGGGAUGUGAAGUCUGGAAGGAGUGUUACAAAUAGUAUGUGUGUGUUCGUGUGUUUGUACGGUUGUGCAUUAUGAGGAGUGACUGGUGUAAGGAGGAGGAAAAAAUAGAAAAGUGGAGAAAAAGUGAUAAACGUGAAAAACAAAAAAAAGCUGCUAUAGUGUUUGACCAGCCAGAGCACUCGGGAUCAGCCUGGCUGGAGUAACAGUACCUGAUCUUAAUUGAAGAGAUAUAGGAGAUCCUUAUUUUCAAUGAUGGUUCAGAGCCUGGAAAAGGACCGCGUCCACCUCUUCAGCUUUAUCCAGCGGCAGACAGCCGGUGUUUUCUGUUUUAGAAAGAAGCAAAAAAGUGUGUCAUCCACCAGAGGAUUUAAAAUGUAUUUGAUUCUCAGUUUGAGUUCUGCAGAGCAGUGAAUAAUUAUUUUUAUUUUUUUUCAACAUUGAUAUGGAUUUAGUUCAAUGGAUGGAUGAAUGGCUUCUAUGAAAAGUCUUUAUUUCAACAAGGGAAAAAUUGUUUACAAGCCUGUGUUAGAAUGUUUGCCAAAAAUUAAAUACUUUUCUGGUACUGCAUCCGUGGAGUAAAAUUCAUUAUGAUUGGGGCUUGAUUUUAGGAGACACUACUACUGGAAUAUGUGUCAUUACAUUUAGGGAUAUGAAGAGGAACUGAAUCAUUGCGCCCCCAGAAGGUGUUUACUAUCUACUUGUGUAAUGGUCGGCUUCUUCUCAGCAUAUCCAGCUUGUCUGUCCUGUAAUGGAAGAAAACAAAGCCCCAUUUUUUCCACACAGAUUUAAGUAAAUGUCGACCACUUCUAUUUCACAUAGCUUGGUUGUGACAUUCUGUCUGUCUCUGCAGCAGACUGGCUGUUUUGUCCGGCCUGUCAAUCUAUUUAAUGUCAUUAUACACCUAGCGUCUUUACCUAUUGUCUCAAGUUAUUUUGGACAGAAAAUCAGCACUUGUCAUCUUGGACGCGUCACUUAAAAACACAGAGAAUGCAUAUAAAAAAAUGUUCAGGCUUUACUUUAACCCCCCCCCCCCCCCCCCCCCCCCCCCCUGUUUUCCCUUGCAAUGGUCAUGUCCCAGAAUUUGGACCAGAUAAGGAAACGCCAGCAAAUGUAUGAUGGGCUUUACCAUCACGUGUCCUCUUCUCAGCCCUCCCAACAUUUCUGUCUUUAUCAAAUACCGAUACUUAAAUUGGGUCUGAUCAACAUGAAUUAUGGGACGAGGUUGGAUCAAGAGUCUUAAUGAGGAAGUGACAAAGUGGAAAGGCCCUGGCAGUGUUUAGAUGUGAGAAACCACUGAAAAUCAAGUGAAAUCUGAUCCUGCCCAGCUGAAAAUGUACAAGACAUUUCAAUAAAAAUCAAUUUAGUUUUACCUGGA